CAAAAAUCUCCUUUUUAACUUUGUUAAAUUAGAGUCAAUGAUGUAUUUGACAUCAAUUUCUAUAGCCUUGGCAUCAUACCUUGGGUUAACUUUAGCCCACCCUCCUGACGUCAUCAAACACACUUAUCCCCCUGGACACGAUCCGGAAGCAAUUGCACGGGACAUGGCUGCCUGGAGACCAGAUCACGGCAGGCAGAUUUGGACCCUGAGUGGACUUCGCGAGGGUGACAUCAUGGACGCGGCUCACACCUCCCGAAACGUAAUUCGGGACCCGAACAAGCUUUGGUGGAAUGGGAUUGUUCCUUACGCGAUUCAACCUGGACUCACUGAGUACGAAAGGUUGCAGAUCGUCCAAGGGAUGAACCUCAUCAUGCAAGGGUCGUGCAUCCGUUUCCGGCCCUACCGUUACACAGACCGCGAUUAUCUCUAUCUUCGGUAUGACGAGGUCGGAUGCUGGUCGUACAUCGGCCGUCAGGGCGGCGGUGGUCAGGUCGUCAGUUUGGCCAGGGGCGUCCCUGAAGGCACGUGUCUCUACCACGGCGUGGUGGCUCACGAAUUGCUCCACGCUUUGGGAUUUGAGCACCAACAUAACGCUGUCAAUAGGGACCAAUACGUGUACAUCCUUUAUAAUAACAUUCGGCCAGGCGAAGAGUACAAUUUCGUGAAGAUUUCUGCAGAAAAUUACACCGAUUAUGGGAUCGCUUAUGAUUACGACAGCGUGAUGCACUACGGAAGAACAGCCUUUUCUGGUAAUGGUGGCGACACAAUCGUGCCCUAUGAUCCAAACGCCAAGACUGGCCAGCAGGAGUUUGUUUCUUAUAGAGACUUCCAGAAAUUGAACAUAAGAUACAACUGCGUCAAUAACGGAUAGCAAAAGUGGAAAAAUAAAUCAAUAUUUC